UGUAUUAUUUAACCUCCACCACUCAACGCCUUCCUCCUUCCUCUUUCUUCAUUCGUUGUCUCUCUCUCCUCUUCUUCGUCGUUCUUCUUCCUUUUCUCCCUGCGUUUCUGACGCUGCCGCCGCCGGUCGUGAAGCAAUAUUUCUGGUUUCUUUUACUUUUCUCUUCCAUUCUCCUUUCCCUUCUUCUUUCUUUCUCUGCUGCUUCCACCGGUGAUCCCUUUCGCCGUCGUUUCACUCCUCUUUGGCCGGCCGUGACGUUGGUUUCACCAUCACUUAUUCACCCUCGACAGCCUAUUUCUUCUCCGGCUGUCAAUUUCUAGCAGUUAAAGAAAAGAAAAAGUAAAAACGCUUUACUUGAAGGAACAAACAGAGCCUAUUUGACUCUGUAUUUUACAGUUUCCGAACGACGACGACGCUGAUUAUACAACCUACUAUUCUCGUCGGAAAGCUACGCAAUGGAGGUCGUACCGCCGCUGGCCUCUACUCCUCUUGCCUUGAAUUCACUACAAAUGAAGAAUCUGUAUAGAUUUCCUGUGGAGUAUCGAAAUCCAGAAGAAACUAUUUGCCGUAUGGACAACCAGAAGAAUUGUGUGAAGAAGUUCGUCCCCUUCAGUUCCAAUUUAUCAAUACAUCACUCAAGUAGGGAAAGAUUACCUUUGGUUAGUCAAGAAAAUGUUCAUGAGAAUAAACCAGAAGGAUUCUUGCCUUGGAGUGCUACCUUAUCUGUUUUGCUCAUGCAUUAUGCCCGUAAUGGUUUUCUUUUCAAAGCCUUGGAAAUUUGGGAUGAAAUGAUGAACAGUUCAUUUGUUCCUGACAUUGAAGUAGUUUCUGAAUUGAUCGUUAUAUGUGGUAACACGGAAGAUUCUGAUACAGUUACAAGAAUUCUGCACCAAAUGCAGCUGAAGGAUUCUAAGAUGUUACCGGCUAUUUGUUAUCGAGCUAUCUCUGAAUAUGGUAGAAGGGGACAACUUAAUUGCAUGGAGAAUAUGCUUAAACAGAUGGUUUCAAUGGGGUAUAAAGUCGAUUCCGCAACUGGAAAUGCUUACGUGUCGUAUUACAGUGCUUUUGGUUCAGUAGCUGACAUGGAAGCUGCAUAUGGUCGGCUCAAGAGGUCAAGGAUACUCAUUGAAGAAGAGGCCAUUCGAUCCAUGUCAUUCGCUUAUAUCAAGGAGAAAAAAUUUUAUGCAUUAGGUUGUUUCUUGCGCGAUGUUGGUCUCGGUAGGAGAAAUGUUGGCAAUCUUCUUUGGAAUCUUUUGCUGCUAUCAUAUGCCGCGAAUUUCAAAAUGAAAAGCCUACAGCGGGAAUUUGUGAGAAUGGUGGAAGCAGGUUUUUAUCCCGAUCUAAAUACAUUUAACAUUAGAUUACUUGCCUUCUCUAGAAUGUCUAUGCUAUGGGAUCUGCAUUUGAGCCUCGAACAUAUGAAACACGACGCAGUGGUUCCUGAUCUCGUGACGUAUGGUUGUGUUGUUGAUGCCUAUGUGGAUAGGCGGCUUGGGAAGAAUCUGAAAUUUGGUUUGAGCAAAUUCAACUGGGAUGAGUUUGUUUCAGUAUCGACUGAUCCGCUUGUUUUCGAGGCUAUGGGCAAAGGCGACUUCCAUUUGAGCUCAGAAGGAGUUCUUGAGUAUAGAAAGCAAAAAGAUUGGACCUACAGAAUGCUGGCCUCUGUUUAUCUUAAGAAGUUACAAAGAGGAGAUCAAAUCUUUUGGAACUACUAAUAUAGUAAUGAAGAGACAACACAUUGAAGGUUCAUUUCUGCGUUCUUCUGAUUGAUGUCUUGCCAAGAUUUCCUGAAUGGAACAAGGUAUUUUGAAGGCAAAGAAGGAAGUAGGAAAUGCAUUUGGUUGAGAACAGAGAAUCUGCUCCUGCUCUAGUUCUAUAUCGAAAAGGUUGAUGAUAUAUUAUGUGGAGAAACAUCAACAUACACUGAGGAUCGUUGUUGCCGCCCCACGAGUACGUGUGACCUGUUCUUUGCGACAGCUGCCUCGCCUAUUGAAUCACUGCCAAGAGCAAACCCUAAGACCAUGUGCAAUGCAGAAAUACUAAGAGCAGCCGUUAUUAUAUUUUUUUCCACUGCCACAUCAGCUUAAAAAUUACUCCCUUCGUCCCAUGUAUUAUGGGCGUAUUAUUAUAGAUACGGGAAAUAAUUAUUGUAUAAUAAAAAUAAGAUUAAGAUAACUAAAUAGUUUAAUUAAGAUUAAAAAAAAUUAUAAAAAUUGAAAUUUAAAAUAAAAUUAAAGAGUAUAAUUAUAUUUUCAAAAAAGAUUGACAAAUUAUGUAAAACUUAAAUUAGAAAAUAGAGACAAAUUAUAUGGACCGAUGGAGAGAGUAAUUAAGAAUCCAUCUUGUUUUUUUUUGACAUUGUACAAAGGUUAUUGAAAUUUCUUUAUAU